AUGGAGAAACCGAAUAGUCUGAGUGGUCGUACGGAGGAAAGUAAAAUCGUCGGAAACGCUCGAUCCGUGACGGAAAAGACAUGUCACGCGAAAGAUUUGCAGGCCAAGGUUCUAAAUAAACAUGUUCUUCCAGUAAGGGAUGUUGAGAGUCACAUAGACCUAGAAGAUGAUCUAGAAAGUGCUGCAACAGAGCACAAACAGCAAGGACAUCAUCAUGAGGUUGGUGGUGGUAAGGAACAUCAUACCGAUCAUCACGAGGAGCAUGGUGAAAAGGGUGACAAAGGUUACAAGAGUCAUCAUCAUCAUGAUAAGGGUGAUCAUGGUAAACACGAUAAAGAACAUCAUGCUGGACAUCACGAGGAAGACGGUGGUCACAAGAAAAGUCAUCACGAUCUAAACGAAAAAUACGGAGAGCAUCACGAGGGGGAAAAGGGUCAUAAGGGUGGCAAGUUCGGGGAGAAAAAGGGCCACAAGAAGGGGCACAAGACGAAGGGUUAUCACAACAAAUUCCAUAAAGAUGAGUAUCACAAAGAGCACAAGUUCUAUGAUGAUUACCAUAAGGGUGGUCAUCACGAGAAGCACGGUGAUUUCCAUGGACAUCAUGAGAAGAAGGAAGGUCAUCAUAAGAAGGGCGAACACAAACAUUCGGGAUAUAAGGAGGAUCAUCACGGUAAAAAGGGACAUCAAGACAAGGGCCACAGCGACGAGGAACAUAAAGGACAUCAUGGCAAGCAAGGGCACGAGCAGCAUCACGCUCAUCAUGAUUCCUAUGGCAAGAAGGGUGAUCAUCAUUCUGGAAAGAAGUAUGGUUUUAACAAGGAUCAUAAAGGUUAA